GCUACCUCUACUGGUUGCAUUUGGCAUAACCGCACCUUCCCAUAAUCCCUUGCGCUAGAAUCGCUGCUGCCCCGCAUCUCCCCAUUCCAAAACACGUGGAUUCAGCGCUUGGAGCAGUAACCGAAUCUAAAGCCAGGAUGACGAGUGGAGAUGUGGAGCGGAUGUUGAUCCAGUUUCAGGAUGAGAGUGGAGAGGUUCUAGGGAAUCCCUUCGAUGUCCCCCUGGACAUCACACCAGACAAACUUCAGCUGGUCUGCAAUGCACUCCUGCAGAAGGAGGAGCCGUUGCCGUUUGCGUUCUAUGCGCGCGGGGAGGCGGAGGUGGUGACCAGCCUGGCGGUCUGUGUGAAGGCCCUGGGGAUCGAGACGGAGCAGGUCCUCCCCGUGGUGUACCAGCCACAGGCCGUGUUCAGGGUGCGCGCCGUGGCCCGCUGCACCAGCUCCCUGCAGGGACACACCGAGGCAGUCAUCUCCACCGCCUUCAGUCCCACGGGAAAGUACUUGGCCAGUGGUUCUGGUGACACCACCGUGCGCUUCUGGGACCUGACCACAGAGACGCCCCACCAUACGAGCAGAGGCCACACCCACUGGGUCCUGAGUAUCGCCUGGUCCCCGGACGGCAAGAAGCUGGCUUCAGGCUGCAAGAACAGCCAGAUUUGCAUAUGGGACCCGGUCACCGGGCAGCAGAUUGGGAAGACUCUGAUUGGACACACCAAGUGGAUCACCUGGCUCUGUUGGGAGCCGCUGCACCUGAACGCAGAGUGUCGCUACCUGGCCAGCAGCUCCAAGGACGGCUCCGUCCGCAUCUGGGACACGCUCCUGUGUCGCACGGAGAAGAUCAUGACGGGACACACCCAGACGGUGACCUGCGUCAAGUGGGGAGGAGACGGGCUGCUCUACACCUCCUCUCAGGACAGGACCAUCAAAGUCUGGAGGGCCUCAGAUGGUGUUCAGUGCAGAACUCUCCAGGGCCAUGCCCACUGGGUGAACACGCUGGCUCUCAGUACAGACUACGUGUUGCGGACCGGGGCCUUCGACCCCGCCCACGCCACCAUCAACGCCCAGGAUGUGACUGGCUCACUGGAGGACGUGAAGGAGAGAGCCUUGCAGAGAUACAACAAAGUCAGGGGUUCCAACCCGGAGAGGCUGGUGUCGGGGUCGGAUGACUUCACCAUGUUCCUGUGGAACCCGGCGGAGGAGAAGAAGCCCCUGGCCCGCCUGACGGGCCACUGUGCCCUGGUCAACGAGGUGCUCUUCUCCCCCGACACCCGGCUGCUCGCCUCGGCCUCCUUCGACAAGUCCAUCAAGAUCUGGGACGGACGCACCGGAAAGUACCUGCAGUCCCUGCGCGGCCACGUGGCCGCAGUGUACCAGGUGGCCUGGUCCUCUGACAGCAGGCUGCUGGUCAGCGGUAGCAGCGACAGCACGCUCAAGGUCUGGGACGUCAAGACGGCCAAGCUGAGCAUGGACCUGCCCGGGCACGCCGACGAGGUGUUUGCUGUGGACUGGAGCCCGGAUGGACAGAGAGUGGUCAGUGGAGGAAAAGACAAGUGUCUGAGAAUAUGGAGGAGGUAGCCAGGGUGUGGGGCUCUCUCUGGGCUGAAGACUCUCUGGCUUCUGACCCCGCACCCCCGCUCGGAGCCUCUCCCCCCCCCCCCCCCGUCCUCAGCAGGGCGGGGCCCGGGACACGGGCUAGAACCAGCGCCUCCCCCCCCCCCCCCCCCCCUGCGCCCUGUGGAGCUCCACCGCGGCGGGCCCGGGGGGCGCCCCCUCACGCCGCCAGCGUGGUCCCAGGGUCUCCUCGAGGGCUCCCGUACCCUGCAGGCGGACGAGUUGACCUGCAGUGGGAAUGAUGAGCCUUUCCCCCCCUGCUCCACAAAGCCUUGUAUAUAAGAUUACCCCGAAGCCAACAUAACAUCGCAAUCGGAGGACAACUUGUGAUCCUUAUAGUGAAGAUUUACCGUAUAACUGUAAAUACGAUGACCCCCGGAAACAAAACGGUUCCAAGCCUUUACCCCUCUUUUGGGAUCCGUGAUCCGUGACCUCGGCAUACACUCGGUGAAGAAGUGGAGCGCAGCCAGCAAGGUCAGACUCGCAAACCAAAGGCCUCGUUCCAAAGCAGCUGGUGUCUGCUCCCUCUGGGGGUUAUAUAGGUGACGGGUUGAGCGCCAUGGCGACAGGUGGGGCCAGAUUUAAGGCCGUCUCCUGUUAGCUCUUAAUCUCCUCCUUCAGGAAGAGUCUCUCUCCUACUGAAUUACCUGCCUCUCGCCCACUGAGUACAAUGGAACACAUUGUUAUGAAUUUAAUGUGUUUUUGGCUUCUGUGUUGGAAUGUUUGUUAAGGUCACCUCUUUAGAUGAAGUGAUGGAAACACCAUCACUGAGGUGACUCGAUAUGCAAGCAAUGACCCUUUUGCUUUCAAUGUGAUUCUCAUGGAUUUCAAAGCGGUUUGAUUAAAAAUCUUAAACCAAUUAAACUUUUACGACUGUUUUAAUUCAUCCAGGCACACUCACUCUCUCCCUCCUUCCCUCCACUGGGAAUAGUAAACCAUUUUAGUGGUAAAUGUUAUCCAUAAACACAUUCAGAUUGUUGUUAUAAGAAGUUUAUUCUCAGGCCAACAAAGUCUGUGCAAUGUAGUCUAACAGUGAAGGCUUUUUCACCAGAACCAGAUCAUUUGUUUAUUUCUUGUAACCAUGCCAAUGGGUGUUGCAUUGAAUGAAAACAUGAAUAAUGACCAGUAAAAUAGGCAGGGAUCUCCAUAAUUUAUGGAAAACCCUUAAAAACGUAACUGAUAUGCUGCUGGAAUGUAGACAAUACAUGCACUUGGCCUAUGUAGAAAAAUAACAAGAUAUACAUACAAAUGUGCUACCAUACAUACACUGAAAAGAGUGGACAAACAUGGGUUAAAUAAUAAUAUUUUUGCACGAAGGAAAUAACACUUCAAAUACAUUGGUACCAGGUCGAACCGAAGCAGUUUGGCAAAGAGAAUUUAAGGACUUAAGUGCAAGGCCGUGUAUGGUGGAACUUGGAGGACAUAAGGAAGGUCACAGUCCUGGUGGCUCAGAUGGGCAUAAGUCACAUUCCUUUAGUCUCCUUCUGGUUUACCUUUUCUAAACUCCAUGGAAGGGGAGUGAAGAGACCAGAGUCCUAUUAGUCCUAUUCCCUAUUCAACAGCCAGUUAUCAAAUACAGUUAUACCAUAACCUCAACUUCAACAAUGGGUAAAUAAAUAAAUUAAAUGGAAACUUAAAAACACUUAAUUUUGCUACACGAUACCGUUACAAUUUAGGUCCAGUUGGUGUGAUGUUUUUUUAAUUGAUGUAUGUUUUAUUGAAAUGUAUGCCUUCUGAAACCUUUGGCAGGUUUGAACUGGCUAGAUUAGUAACCAUUACAUUUUUGCAAUCUUUUAACUGAAAUUUAGAUUUUAAAACUCUCCUGUAUCAGUAUAAUUUGACCUACAUUGUAUAACC